AUGCUACAGCUGCACAUCUUUGUGGACUCCAGUCAGUCGGUGUUCGCAGCAGCGGCCUAUUGGCGGGCCACUUACGCGAACGGAGACGUGCAGGCGCGUUUUAUAAGCUCCAAGACGAAAUGCGCUCCGAUGAGGACUAUGUCGAUCCCGCGACUGGAACUUCAGGCAGCAGUAUUGGGCACGAGACUGAUGGACACCGUCAAGCAAGAGCACGGACUAUACAAACAGUUCGUCGGUAAUCGAGUGGCGGAGAUCUUGGAAUCCACGGAGGCGUCCCAGUGGAGAUGGAUUCCGUCUGGCGAAAACGUGGCAGACGACGCGACGAGGCCGCGCAAGGCCGUGGACCUGAGCAUCGGUUCGAGAUGGCUAAGCGGUCCUCCAUUUCUACGAGGACCAGAGGAGAGCUGGCCAAGAUCGAGCGAGGGGUGGAUCCCUCCGACGCCUGACGAAGAGGAAAUGAAAUGUGAGUUUGCUUUGGUCAUGGUAAAUUUCAUAUCCCUGCAGAGAUACUACAAUCAACUGUUGAGGAGAACCGCAUGGGUGCUCAGAUUUAUUCGUCGGUGCCGUGGACUACGAUACCAGCGAGGAGCCAGCGGAAGGAUCGACGACGCGACGUGUGUGCCAUACAGCGCACGUCGACCGAUCAUACUGUGUCACGAUAAGGCACUGGCGGAGAUGAUCGUGCAGCAUCACCACGAGAGGAUGUGCCACCAAAAUACGGAGGCAACCAUCGGAGCGAUCCGGCAGAAGUUCUGGAUUACGAACUUACGGAGGCUGCUACGAAGGGUGGUGAGCAAAUGCAACGUUUGCAAGCUGGGAAGGGCACGACCAACUCAGACCGAGAUGGGUCCCCUACCAGAGGACCGGCUGGAGGCCAACGGAUGGCCCUUUAAGAUUAGUAGCGACAAUGGAAAGAACUUCGUUGGAGCCGACCGCGAAGCCAGGAGGUUCAGCGAAGUGUUCGAGCCUGCACAGAUCCAGGGCGAGCUGUCGUCCAAAGGAGUCGAAUGGAUCUUCAAUUGCCCGGCGAAAUCAGCUGAGGGUGGCGCCUAG